UUACAAACAAUAAAUCAUGCUCAAUUAAAUUAAUAAAAAAUAUUUAAAAAAUGCAAAACUCACACUCGUCCAUCACGUGUUAAAUUUGUGUAGCUAAAAAUUACUUCAAAUAUUUGAAAACACACAAAAGAGCUCAGCGCCUUCGAUGAGCUGUUAAGCGUAACGGUGGUUUCCGGUUGUGCUUAAAUUGAUAUUAAAUAAGCAUCAUCACCGUCACUGAAUGAUGAAAUAAAAUAAAAUAACAAUAACAGUAGCAAUGAUACGUCAGAAAGCGAAACGUUUCGCGCUCCUUCCGGUUUAUCUGUUGUCUGUCGUGUCUCGGUCGAUUUUUUGUUCAUUCGGUUGCUUCGUGCAAAAUAGCAGCACGCGCGCACCGCACAAGCAAGUGAAUAUCAACGCUUGCCUUCGACCCCAAGAAAAAGAUGUGCCAAAAGGUUGGUUAUCUCAGGACGAGCGUAAAAUGGAGGGUUUUUUUGCAGAAGGGCAGGCAUGCGACAAGAGAAAAGCGCCACUAAAACGUGUAUCUGAUAGAGCAAGGGAGAAAAGCAAGUGAGCGAAAAGGAAAAAGAGAGAAAAAUAGGAGCUGCAUGAAAGUGGAAGAAAUUAGCGGACAGGAAGACGGGAGGGAGAUUUUUUGAGGAAAAUCGACAGUGGUUGCGGUGCCAGGUCGAAAGGAAUGUGACGAGUGAAAGAGUAAAUAAAGUAUGCAAUUAUGAUCUCCUUUUAUCAUGCUGUUUCAAUCCUAUUUUCCGCCUGUUGUACGAUACCAUUAGCAUACUUUGAUAAUGUUGUCUGUGGGCGAGAGGACGCCCGGUGGACCGGUGCGACGUGGUGCGUUUAAGUGAUUGUGUUGUGGGAAAAUAGCUUUGAUCAUAUUGGAAAUUUUGCCAGACGCUGCCUACCCGACGCGUGCGAGCACUACGUACGGUUCGGGCCAUUUUCGUGCGGAAACGCGAAAUCAAGCGGGGAAAAUCGAGCAAUGUUCGGAAAAUCGUCGCUUGCCAUAUCGCUGGUUCGUCUUUUUUUUGCGAUUGCUACCACUCGGCAGGGGAAUGUGUACAGUUUUGUUUUGAUUCCAUUCGUUCGUAACUGCCAGCAGGAUUCGUGAUAUAAUUACAUUAUUUCCCCUCUCGCAGUUCGAAUCGGCGAAUUCUCCUCCUUAUUUAUAUCACAGCCUGCUUCCCGUUCUGUCCGUCACACACACUCACUAGUACAAUGUUUCACUCCCACAUAGCGCCAAAGGAUGCUCGGCUGUGGUAGCCAUAAGCGUGCACAUAAACACAGUGAUAUUCAUUCAAUUACAAUUAUCGUAAUGGCGCCAGAUCGUCCUUUAGUGGUUGUGCCGUAAUCGAGAAAAGUGGCUAUUGUAAGGAUGCCGAGUAGGGUGGAAAACAGAGCAAGGCAGAAGAGAGGUCAGCACCCUUUGCCCAAAAAAGAGACUUUGAGAGAGAGAGAGAGAGAGAAAGUGAAAGAGAGCGAGAGCUGCAACAUGAGGGAAAAAUGGAGUGCUGGAGAUUGUUUCUCUCUGUUUUGAUUUUUUCCACCCAGUCCCAUAAUGGGAUGUACAUUCUGCGCUCAUUUUCCUGCAUCCGAGAUGUUUGCCAAGCCAAGAUGCUUCGGCAAAAGCGGCAACAUUUGUGUUGAUGGUCGCAUACCGUAAGGAUGUGUUUCUGCAAACGUCCUGUCCAUCGUAAUAGUGGCGUGAAAAAGGGUUUCGGUGGUUUGUGAAAUAAAAGCUGUUUAGUGCUGAAACGUGUGACAGUGAAUGAAAAACUGGUUGUUGGAAAAGUAUUUUCAACAUCGUUACAGUACUGCAUACAAAAAUCACUUUUGAUAAAUAAGACAAAUAAUUGUGCAAUAUAAACAUCUACUAUGUUAACAGUGAAUCGGCGUGUGUAAUAAAUGCAUUAUUGGUGUAUUAUUUAGUUUUACGAGUGAAACAAACCAUCGAGUUUUGUGUUAUUAUCUGAAGAAAGCAGAAAUCCAGAAACAGCAAAUUAAUCUAUAGGAAAAUACUCGAAUGGUGUUACUUCCAAAACAAAAUAAGGGAAACCUAAACCGUGUGUUGCAAAUCGGUGGUAAACUCCAAGUCGCCUACCGCAAGUAGAAUAAUCAAUUUUGCAUGGUUUGCUAAACUUGCCGAUAAUGAAUGAACCUGACAUUGUGAGUUUGAGCAUGAUUAAGUGAAUCAUUACGUUGCGGGAUAAAGUCAUCAAUCGGCUAUUAUCAGGAAUGCACAGCACUGAAAAUGUUGCUGUGGAAUCAAUCAACGACCACACAAUCAAUGUACAACCGAAUCGGACUCUUCAUUCCGGCAGCGUGUCAGCAACAACCAUGGGACACACGACAGUUACACCUACGACACCGGCUACUACGAUCCAAUCAUCGGUCUCAGCCACUCCAAACCUGGUUGCUGCGACUGGUUUAGCCAAGGACUGUGCCGGAUGCGGGAAGCGUAUAACCGAGCGCUUUCUAUUGAAAGCACUAGAUAUCUUCUGGCACGAAGAUUGCCUGAAGUGUGGCUGCUGUGAUUGCCGGCUGGGAGAGGUCGGCUCAACGUUGUAUACUAAAGCGAAUCUAAUUCUAUGUAAGCGAGACUAUCUUAGACUAUUCGGCACGACUGGAUACUGUGCCGCUUGCAACAAGGUGAUACCGGCCUUCGAGAUGGUAAUGCGCGCCAAAAACAAUGUCUAUCAUCUGGAGUGCUUCGCAUGCCAACAGUGCAAUCAUAGAUUCUGUGUUGGCGAUCGUUUCUAUUUAUGUGAUAACAAAAUCCUAUGCGAAUAUGACUACGAAGAGCGGUUGGUGUUUGCCAGCAUGGCCUGCAAUCCUUCUAGCUUGGCGCAUAUUCGGAGGCAAGUUAGUAAUUUACAGCCCGCUGGAGAAAAUCACCCCGCGAGUGCCGGACGUUUGCCACCAGCCAGUACUAAUCGAUCUCCAUACGUAGCAGAAAAGGUUGGAUUGUCCCAGCAGCAGCAGCAGCACCAUAAUCACCAGCAGCAGCAGCAGCAGCAGCAGCAGCAGCAAACCUCUGCACCGGUAGCGACGACAUCAGCGGCCACGAUAGCUUCGACAUCGUGCGAAACACAUCCAUCAUGUACGCCAGCUACAUCGUCUCCUCAACAGCACCAUCAGUCCGGAAGUAGCAAUCUACACCUGCAGCAUUCCGCUCCACAGCAACAACAGCAACAUCAUCAUCCAAGCAACCCGGGUCCACAUCGAGACGAUGGUUCCAGCGGUUACGGCAGUCCCGAUUCGGAAACCUUCGAAAUGCCUAACAACCAAUGACGUUUGAUGUCGUGAAUAACGAAAAUGUGUUGAUGAGCAGAAUAACAUCAUUUGCGGAACGAUUAUGGCAAACGGUACGGUGGUUCUGGAUGUUUUUGUUAUGCAUUCGAUUGUUUUGCAAGGCAUGCAAAAUCUGUAUGCUGUACCGACGAUUCUCUAGUCAAAUUAGACGCAGCCUGUAUGAAGUGGAAUUCAGUUCGUCACAAAACGAGCACAUCAACAACUAAGAAACCGGACGAAUUGAUGUAUUUGAAGUUCAAAUUUAUCCUACGGUUUUAAUUCGGCAAUUUUAUGUUCAUAAUUUCCAUUCCAGCUGAAAAAAAAACCUUCAAACCGAUACAAAUAAAACAUGUAGAAUAAAAAAAAAUAGCUACCUGCCUUAUCGCCAAAAUCAAGAUGCUAAAUCAGAAAACAGUUUAAACGCGUUAGGGCAGAUUAUAGUAAUCAAACGAAAUGUAUGAUCAUAAACAAAACUUUUACCAUAGUUCACACAUUUUCAAAGGCGUAAAUGGGUAAAAGCGGUCUCCUCACCCGUAUUAACCUCCCGAUAAACAUUAAUCACGGUCUUCCAUAGACUGUUUUGCAUUUUUAAAACACGUGCGGCGUUCCUUUCUUUAACUUCUUCUUCUUCUUUAAUACCGCGGAAGGAAAGAUAGCUUACGGUGAUAAUCAAAUAAAAAAAAUAGUUAUUGUAGAAUCAGCAAUUGUCUUUUUCUUAUCAAUCUUUCCAAUCUUUCUUACCGUUACUGCUAAUUUAAUCAUUUGCCAUAAUUGAAUUAUUAUUAUUGAUUUAUGUUUAUAUUUGAACCUUAUUUUUUAGGACACUGUUAGAAGCGUCUAGCUACUACACGCAUUAGAUUAAUUUCUGCUUUAUUAACAACUAUUUAAAGAAAAAGUAUACAAACUACGGUGUUUACUUCUCUAAUCACUGCAUCACACCAAAGAAAAGGCUAUACGGACCAACUAAAAGCACUUUACAGUGCAUCUGUUGUUCGGUCACAAUGUUACAUUCUGAAUUGUCCUUAUAAUUGUGCUCUUGUUUUAAUGCACGUGAAACAUAUCUCAAUUUCUACAUUUAUUUCGUGUAUAAAAAUGUAAAAAAAAUGUUAAAUUAUUGCCUAGGUACGGCGGUGGUAGUUUCACGUAAGCGAGCUGUGCUACUAGUGGCAGCACAACGACAGUCAGGACUUGUUUCGGGCAAAAAUUGCUUGCAGUUUGCCGCGGAAAAGCAAACGUUUAGUAAAUGAAACGACCAGGCCACGUGUACAGUUUGUUCGCUUUAGACGUAACAUACAGCAGAGCGGAAGGAAACUAAAUUAUGCUUAGCAGGUGGACAAGCAGUGCUUAGUAAAUAAAUCCAGUGAGACUAAAAGUGACACGAACUGUUCCGAACAUACCAUGCCAAUAUGCGUAUGCAAGAUGUAUACCUUAACGAUGGCUAUUUCUGACCGUAGUCAUUACUACACGAUGCAACAUGUACUUAAGGACGCUAAGCAUUAUAAUAACGGAAAAUUCCUGACAUAGACAGCUGUAGAAGAGUAUACAUAUGCUGAUGGUGAUGAAAUCUAAAUUUUUGAAAAUAAAUCGAAAAAAAUGUACUACUUCUUAAGAUAUAGUGCUCGGAUGUAAAGAAAAUAAAAACACACACACACAAUAUACUUUGAACCUGAGACAUUAACUUAACAAUAAUUCGCACACUUAUAGCAAACGA